CUCUCUUUUUCUAUCACACACACACACACACAGCCUGAGAGAGGCAGGCGGGCGGGCAAGGAUACAGCCUCGCAGACUCACAGGCAAGCAGCCAGUACCAGGAGCCAGCCAGACCUCCAGCCGUCCAGGGGCCAGUGGAGAGCCCAUGCCCGGACAGAGAGCAGGGCACCCAGGACCUACUGGAGCUCGACCAGUCCUGCUGGAAGCCCAGGAGCUGGAUCCUCCUCACAGCCAGCUUUGACCUGCUUUACCUGGCAGCUUCCUAAAAACACCUCCCUCUGGUGGAUUUAGGAACCCCUAUCCUCUCUCGCCUCCUCUCCUCCUCCUCCUCCUCUGCUUUAUUCCCAGCAUGCGGCUGCUAGCCAUCCUGGUCCUCCUUCUGGUGCUCAAUGGGGCAGAGCCAAGGCGAGGAGCCCGCAAUCGGGGCCUGGGCCCUGGACGCGAGAGGAGAAAGACCCGGGGGAAAGGCAGGGCCAGUGCGGUCAAGCGGUUUGCCUCAGACUGUAAGGAGUACACUGAAGCUGGGCAGAAGUACCUGGACUGCCAGGACCGACAACUGACUGCUGUCCAACCAGACUGGCCUAAAGACAUUCAACAUCUGCUCCUGGGCCGCAACAAGAUACAGGUGCUCAGGGACAACACUUUCUCCCAGUUCCGUCAGCUGUUGAGUCUGGAUCUCCAGCAGAACGAGAUCAACAUGAUCGAAGAGCAGGCUUUCAAUGGGCUGGAUCAGCUCACCACCCUCCUGCUUCAACACAACCACCUCCGCUCCACCUCCGAGGAGAUGCUCCUGCCCAUGCCCAGCCUACGUUACCUCCGUCUCUACGACAACCCCUGGGAAUGCCACUGCCACCUGGACAGCCUGGUCAGAACCCUGCAGGUGCCCAGCAACCGUAACCUGGGGAACUUCGCCAGGUGUUCCGUGCCGGCGAGUCUGCAGGGGAAGAAACUGCGUCAGUUGAAGGUGGAGCUACUGUGUCCAGAACACUACCAGUCCCAGAAGCCCCUGGACGGACAGGACAGCCUCCCCAAGCCCCUGCCCCCCAGCAAGAAGGACCAUGAGGUCACCACCCUCUGCCACACCUACAUGUACCCCAAGCCCCUGCUCGACUGCAGGAGCAAAGACCUCAAGACCAUCCCUGCAGACCUUCCCUCUGACAUUGUGAAGAUGGACUUCUCCAGUAACACCAUCGGACACCUGAAGCCUAAAGAGUUCCUGGCCUCCAAAGACCUCAAACUCCUCAACCUCAGUAGCAACAACCUGGACCGCAUAGACACAGCUGCGUUCGCCGGUCUGCUGUACCUGCGAGAGCUGGACCUCUCCAACAACAGCCUCAGAUACUUCCCCUACGGAGUUCUGGAGGAUCUGUACUUCCUGAGGAAGCUGUUUCUGGGGGACAACCCCUGGAUGUGUGACUACAACAUCCACUACCUGAUCUACUGGCUCAAUCACCACCCUGGGGUGGCCUACUUCGGCCUGAUCUGCUCCCAGCCUCAGGAGUUCAGGGGCUGGCAAGUGGAGGACUACGUCAAGACCUACAAUGGUGAGUGUCCCAAGGACUGGCAGUUGGGCCUGGGGGAUGCAGAGCAGGAAACGGCUCAGGAGCUGAAGGUGGAGAUAGAUGAAGACACAGACCUGUUGCCUAGCCCCAUUAGAGACAACAGACCAAAUACAAUGGAAUUUGAGAUCAUGAGGUUGAGCUAAACUUUUUUUUUUACCUGUGUGUGAGAGGGAGAGAGAAUAAGAGAGUGUAAGUCAUUCAGUCUGUAUCAGAUCAAAUACUGGCAGGAUAGGUGUUGUUUCUGUUAGUGUGUUUCCUCUUGAAUAUUAUUAUUUCUUUGGUCGAAAAGGUAGGGUUUUACAUUUUUUUUGUAAGUGAAUUAAUUGUCAAACAGUGAAAUAAAAUGAUUUUUUUCUUGUA